AUGGCGACAAAGAGAAAGCUCGCGGCAUUGGCUCCCGAGGACGAAGACCCAGUAGACCCUUCUGAUGAGCUCAUGUUUCUCUGCUUAGGAGGCGGCAACGAGGUUGGCCGGUCAUGUCACAUCAUUCAGUACAAGGGCAAGACGGUCAUGCUCGACGCUGGCAUGCACCCCGCCUACGAAGGCCUGUCCGCUAUGCCCUUCUACGACGAGUUUGACCUUAGCACUGUAGACGUGCUACUAAUAUCACAUUUCCACGUCGACCAUGCCGCAUCACUGCCAUACGUGCUUGCGAAGACAAACUUCAAGGGCCGGGUUUUCAUGACGCAUCCGACAAAAGCCAUUUACAAGUGGCUCAUCCAGGACUCCGUCCGUGUUGGCAACAUGUCCAGCUCCUCAGAGACAAAAAUCCAGAUGUACACCGAAGCCGACCAUCUCAACACGUUCCCCAUGAUCGAGGCUAUUGACUUCUACACCACACAUACAGUCUCUGGCGUACGGAUAACGCCAUAUCCGGCUGGACACGUCCUGGGAGCGGCCAUGUUUUUGAUGGAGAUUGCCGGCCUCAAGAUCUUAUUCACUGGCGACUACUCUCGAGAAGACGAUCGACAUUUGGUCUCUGCUUCAGUACCACCCGGGCGUCAAGGUCGACGUUCUCAUUACCGAGUCUACUUUCGGUAUCUCCACCCAUACACCGCGUGUCGAGCGCGAGGCCCAGCUCAUGAAGUCGAUAACCGACGUCCUGAACCGCGGUGGCCGUGCUCUGCUUCCGGGUUUUCGCCCUCGGCCGCGCGCAAGAACUUCUUCUCAUUCUCGAUGAGUAUUGGGACAAAACACGAGCAGUACCAGAAGAUACCCAUCUACUACAACUCGAGUCUAGCAAGAAGGUGUAUGCAAGUCUACCAAACAUAUCUUGGCGCCAUGAACGACAACAUCAAGCGCCUCUUCGCCGAGCGCAUGAACGAGGCUCAGGCAGAAGGCGAUACUGGAAGGCGCGGAGCUUGGGAUUUCAGAUUUGUUCGAUCACUCAAGAGCAUGGACAAGUUUCAGGAUCUAGGCGCCUGUGUUAUGCUUGCUUCUCCUGGUAUGAUGCAAUCCGGCACAUCGCGUGAGCUACUUGAGCGAUGGGCUCCAGAUCCGAGGAAUGGUGUGAUUAUUACCGGUUACUCUGUGGAGGGCACGAUGGCGAAGCAGAUCGUACACGAGCCUGAUCAGAUACCAGCAAUCAUGACACGAUCAGCAAAUGCAGCAAGACGACCAGGUCAAAAGGAGAAUGAGCAGAGCAUGAUUCCUCGAAGAUGCACAGUGCAAGAGUACAGUUUUGCCGCUCACGUUGACGGAAAGGAGAACAUGGAGUUCGUGCAGGAAGUGGCUGCUCCCGUUGUUAUCCUCGUUCAUGGCGAGAAGGGCAACAUGACACGUCUAAAGUCGAAGCUCUUAUCUUUCAACGCCCAAAAGACCAUCCCAACAAAGAUCUACUCACCCGCAAACUGCGAAGAACUCCGCAUUCCUUUCAAGACCGACAAAGUCGCCAAGGUCGUUGGCAAACUCGCCUCAAUCGCACCGCCUCUCCCACGAUCGCUGUCUAACGGCGACGAAGCAGAGGCGAAGUACGAAGAAGAAGUCCAGAUGGUCAGCGGUGUCCUCGUCCAAAACGACUUCAAAAUCUCCCUCAUGGCGCCUGAAGACCUCAAGGAAUAUGCCGGUCUCACCACCACAACCAUCCUGUGUCGCCAGCAUAUCACGCUUUCUGCCGCGGGCGUUGAUCUCAUUCGAUGGGCGCUUGAAGGCACGUUCGGCGCGAUCAAGGAGUCGAAGAUCACGGAUGAGAACAUCGAUGGCAAAGAGAAGGAGAGUAAGAUGAACGGUCACGACGCCGCCGACGAAGAAAUCAGCCGCGACCAGAUGAAAUUUACCGUCAUGGACUGCGUCACGGUCCUCGUCCGCCCCGGCGGGCGCGUCGAAGUGGAAUGGGAAGGCAACGUCAUCAACGACGGUAUAGCAGACGCUGUAUUAGCCGUGCUCUUCACCGUCGAAAGUUCGCCCGCGGCUGUCAAACAAUCAUCAAAGUCCCACUCCCACUCCCACGACAAACCUCACAACAUGGAGUUUGCGCACCGCCCCCAUCCCCACCGCACACCCGACCCCGCAACCCGCCUCGCCCGCCUCUGCCUCUUCCUCGAAGCCCAAUUUGGUGCUGAAUCCGUCUCGCCCAUCCACCUCCCACGCACUUCCACCUCCACCCCUACAUCACCACCCUCCUCCUUCUCCAUCGCCGCCAGCCCGGAAAUCACACAGGACCUCUCCCCCGAGGACAAGGCGGAACUCAAGCGUCUACACGGCCUAGGCAUUCCUGUGCCAGGCAUUGAGAUCCGCUUCGACAAGUAUGUGGCGAAAGUGUGGCUGGAGGAUUUGGAGGUCGAGUGUGCGAGUAAUCCGCUGAGGGCGCGGGUUAAGGCGGUUGUGGAGAGGGGGGUGGAGACUGUUAGUGGGCUUUGGUCGUAG